AUGGAAUACCGCUUCUCGUAUUUGAUGGACCCGUCGAAUUAUAGAACAGAUGGGCUGUGCGACGGAAUUGCUGUCCGCAACCACCGAAACGCAGCUGUAGGGGAUCUCGGGAUUAUCAGACUGCACAAGGAGUGGGGCGAGUACAUAGGGCCUCCACCCACUUCUGCAAGCUGCGGUGGUUUGGGCCCGCAGUACGGCUUUACAUCAGUGGCAUUACCUGAAUGUCUUCCAGAGCGUCUUGAGAUUGUUUCGUAUGCGAUAGAAUUUGCGUUCAUUCACGAUGAUAUGGUCGAUCCGCCGGGAGAGACCGAUGCCAAGUCUUCUUCUGGGGGGAAACUCAUGCAGAGCAGAAUGGUCCAGCAAAUGAUGGUAAUGGACCCUAAAACAACAACGUCAUUGAUGAGAUGCUGGGCAAAAUACCUUAAGUAUGGCGGUGGUAACCGCCAACGGACGAACUUCGAAGAUUUCGAAGAUUAUGUAGAGCACAGGAUUAUGGAUUGUGGUUCCUGGUUCUUGACUGGACUUGCUCUCUUUACCAUGGGCCUCGUCGUCCAAGAAGAGGAGGAAGAGAUAUGCCAUAAGCUGACUCGACCAGUUUGGGGUGCGGCUAGCCUUACUAAUGACCUCCAGUCCUGGGACAAGGAGUACAAGAUAGCCCAGGCACACGAUAACCAUGAGCUGAGAAACGCAAUUGGGUGGUUGAUAAAGCAGCAUUCAAUAAGUACUGAGACAGCGAAGCAACGGUGUUGCCAAAAGAUCAAAGCUUUUGUGGCAGAGUUCGUCCAGACUCUAGAGUACAACAAAGUCAGGCAAGAUAUCUCUCAGCCUGUACGCACCUUUGUUGAAGCGGUGCAGUAUAUGCUCAGCGGCAAUCUCAUCUGGGGCUGGCAAUGUCCACGGUACAACCCUGACUGCGAACCGAAUCAGCUGCAGCUUGCCACAAUGAAAGCAUUAGGAUACCCCUUUAGCUCUCCCCCGCAGCUUCUUCAUCGCCUCAACGAUCCCUGUGUUGUCCUCCGUCGAGAUCUUCCAACUCUAAGAAAGGCUUUCAUUGAUGGCCCGUCACAUUACAUUGAUUCUCAAUCGUCCAAAGGUAUCCGAGGGAAGACGAUAGAUGCAAUAAGCUUCUGGCUCCAGGUUCCGGGACAAGACUUGGCGGUAAUAAAAAACAUCUGUCGCUUGCUACACGGGGCCUCCUUGAUGCUCGAUGAUAUAGAAGAUUCGUCGAAUUUACGUCGCGGUCAAGUAUCAAUACACACCGUUUUUGGCUGUGCCCAGACCAUCAACUCUGCUGGCUACCGGGUAAACGAGGCAUUGAAGGAGGUUAGCAAGCUCGAUAGUCCCGAAUGUACUCGUAUAUUUCACGAGAUAAUAGAGGAGAUGGAGAACUUAUACAUCGGGCAGAGUUAUGAUCUCUUCUGGACAUUCAGCCUCACGUGUCCAUCUAUGGAGGAGUAUAUGAAGAUGGUGGACUAUAAAACUGCUGGCUUGUUCCGCAUGGUAUCCAGGCUCAUGCAAGCCAUGUCAACCUCGAAGACGAAACCCGACUUAACUAAUCUUAUGACACUUCUGGGGCGAUACUUUCAGAUUCGAGACGACUACCUUAACAUCACUUCCAUCGAUUACACUCAGCAGAAAGGUUUCUGCGAGGAUCUAGACGAGGGAAAGUAUUCUCUCAUGCUCAUCCACACCAUGCAAACUCAACCAGAAAAGAAUAUACUCCUGCGCAACAUACUGGCACAGCGGCGAAAGAAAGGGAAGGUUUCAGAUGCCCACAAGCGCAUUGUGUUGGAGCAGUUAAAGCAAAGCGGGAGUAUGGACUUCACGCUUGUGGCGCUUCGGAAGCUGCAAGCCGAGAUUGGCAAGGAGGCCAAGUUGGUUGCGCAAGAUCGUGGAAUAAAAAGCCCCUUAGAGUCAUUACUUGGUGUGCUGGAAGUGUAA